GUGAGCACACCAGAGGAAUCGGCUAGGAAGAAGCAACUACAACUGUUCGCAUCGUUGAUAGUGAUAAGCGGCUUCCUAUGCUUCAUAUUAGAGAAGAACUGGUUUGUUGGAAUGUCGCCAGUGUUGAAGAUACCUCUAUACUCCAUCCUGGGUGUAUCGGUGUCCUUUGCGCUCACCUUUUCUGUGGUUGACAUGAUCAAUUACCUGUUGGGGUUCUUACAAGUGGUCGUGGCUCGGCCCUUGGUAGAGAGUACCAGCCAAGUCUACUUGGUAACGCUGUUGAGUAGCUGCUCAUGUAGUGGGAAAGUUCAACAGGUCCUAUUCGUAGCCCUGCUGAUGGGAGGCACAUUUGGCUUCAUAUUCGGGGUGAUGGAUGUGGAGGACGAAGUUCAGUAUCAG